CAGCGGAGGGCCAUGGCGGCGGCGUUGGCAUUGCGGACCCGGAUCCUGCAGGUUUCUUCCAAGGUGAAUUCCAGCUGGUGUCCACCAUCCUCCUUCUCUUCUUCUUCAGUGCCAACUGUAAAACUCUUCAUUGAUGGAAAGUUUGUUGAAUCCAAAAGUGACAAAUGGAUCGACAUCCACAACCCAGCCACCAAUGAGGUAAUUAGUCGGGUCCCUCAGGCCACAAAGACUGAAAUGGAUGUAGCCGUUGCUUCCUGCAAACGUGCUUUUCCUGCAUGGGCAGACACUUCAGUUUUAAGCCGUCAGCAGGUCAUGCUCCGCUAUCAACAACUUAUUAAAGAAAACUUGAAAGAAAUUGCCAGGUUAAUCACAUUGGAACAAGGGAAGACCCUAGCUGAUGCCGAAGGAGAUGUAUUUCGAGGCCUUCAGGUGGUUGAGCAUGCCUGCAGUGUGACAUCCCUCAUGCUGGGAGAGACUAUGCCAUCUAUCACCAAAGACAUGGACCUUUAUUCCUACCGUCUACCUCUGGGUGUGUGUGCAGGCAUUGCUCCGUUCAAUUUUCCUGCGAUGAUCCCCCUUUGGAUGUUUCCCAUGGCCAUGGUGUGUGGAAAUACCUUCCUACUGAAACCAUCAGAGCGAGUCCCUGGAGCAGCUAUGCUUCUUGCUAAGUUGCUCCAGGACUCUGGUGCCCCUGAUGGAACAUUGAACAUCAUCCAUGGACAACAUGAAGCUGUAAACUUUAUUUGCGAUCAUCCGGACAUCAAAGCAAUCAGCUUUGUGGGAUCCAACAAGGCAGGAGAGUACAUCUUCGAGAGAGGGUCAAGACAUGGCAAGAGGGUUCAAGCAAAUAUGGGAGCCAAGAACCAUGGGGUAGUCAUGCCAGAUGCCAAUAAGGAAAAUACCCUGAACCAGCUGGUUGGGGCAGCAUUUGGAGCUGCUGGUCAGCGCUGCAUGGCUCUUUCAACAGCAAUCCUUGUGGGAGAAGCUAAGAAGUGGCUUCCAGAGCUGGUGGAACGUGCCAAAAACUUGAGAGUCAAUGCAGGAGACCAACCUGGAGCUGAUCUUGGCCCUCUGAUCACCCCCCAGGCCAAAGAGCGAGUAUGUAAUCUGAUUGAUAGUGGAACAAAGGAGGGAGCUUCCAUACUUCUUGAUGGACGAAAAAUUAAAGUCAAAGGCUAUGAAAAUGGCAACUUUGUUGGACCAACCAUCAUCUCUAAUGUCAAGCCAAAUAUGACCUGUUACAAAGAGGAGAUUUUUGGUCCAGUUCUUGUGGUUCUAGAGACAGAAACAUUGGAUGAAGCCAUCAAGAUUGUAAAUGACAACCCAUAUGGAAAUGGAACUGCCAUCUUCACUACCAAUGGAGCCACUGCUCGGAAAUAUUCCCACUUAGUGGAUAUCGGACAGGUGGGAGUGAAUGUCCCCAUUCCAGUGCCUUUGCCAAUGUUCUCAUUCACUGGCUCUCGAUCUUCCUUCAGGGGAGACACCAAUUUCUAUGGCAAACAGGGCAUCCAAUUCUACACACAGCUAAAGACCAUCACUUCUCAGUGGAAAGAAGAAGAUGCUACUCUUUCCUCACCUUCUGUAGUCAUGCCUACCAUGGGCCGUUAGAAACAAGUUUAUUUAAGAUUCAGUCCAUCCUGAGUAAUCUCCCUUUAUUCUUGACCAACUUCAUUUGCCAAUUUUGCUCAGAUCAGAUGAUCUGGGAUUGGAAUGCCUUGUAACUAAAAUCUUUCUCAGGAAGCUUGGCACCUGCAAAGUUGCUAUAGGGAGAAUCACAGUAUAACACUGAAACCAGAUUUUCACUUGUUCAUAUUUCUCUUUUUGAGGUAACUUGUAACUGUGAAAUGCUUAUUAGGAUGAGAGCUUAUACCUGUUUUUUAAAAAUUCUCCCCUUUUCUGAUGACUUGAAAGCAGGGGAAGGUCAGUGUAUAUAAAGAAGAUCUUCCAAUAAUUGGAAGAAGAACUCUUGGGUGAGGAAAUAGGGAUAGAAAUAAUUCACCCUCUGGUUGAUCCUCAAACACAGCCCUAUAUAAAUGGCAGUGGGGGAGACCUCUCUGCUAAGUUUUCCUGAGCCUUUCUUUUAUCCCAGACUACACAAUGUAUAAUCCAUUUUUAUUUACCCCAACGUUGUGACAACUGCUUUUUUUUUCUGCUCAAUGCCAUUUUGUUGUCCUAGUGACUCAUGACCACUAUUUAAUUCUAUCAUUGUCACUGUUCCUGCUUCUUAAAAUCACUUCUCAAGAAUAUAUCAGUAUGCAAUGGAUAAAUCAACUUUUUGCUCUGUGUGUCAAGUAUUAAGUUUCAGGGUUUGCUUCAGCAAUCAUUAAUUAACGCUUCUGCCGUUAAUUCAGAUGCAAGUAGUUUUCUCAGAAAAUUGUUUCAAAAGUUAUUUCAGGCCUAGAAAUCAAGGAGUAUUCAAACUAUGAAAGUAAGACUCUUGCCUUAAGCAAAUCUAAUCUGAUAUCAGUUGCUGUAUUUUAUAUGUUGUUCUUUCCUCUUGCCUGAAUUUCUCAUUUGUGAUACUUUUUAAUGAAAGAACUCUCUGUGUACAGUAAUUGAUUGGCCUAAGAAAUUUCAAAGCUUGUCAUGACAUAAAGUAGUAAAAAAGAAAUGCAUCAACAGUCUUCUGCUACCAUUAACUCAACUGCCUUAACGCUUUUUGUUUCUUUGAUAUAUCUGAACUUUAAAUGAGAACAGAAACUGAUGUGCUGAACAAAAAUGGAUUCGGUCUUUUUGCUCUACCAUCCCAACUGAAGCAUGUCUUUCUGAUACAGUUUUCAACCCAGUGAACUAGCAGAAGGCUGCUGGCUCUGACAGCAUAAUCUCUGAUCCUCCACAGGUAGCACAGAUCAUUUAUUUUUCUGUUUCUUUAUUAGUCACUUCAAUAGUGAUAACCUACUCCCUGGGGGUUAUUCAGUGAAUUAAGGAUGGUGGAAAAUUGAAAAUGUUGUGCACUCUGUGGACUUUAGGCUUAUUACUGCCACCUGCUGGAUAGAAUGUCAGAAUCUUCAAUCACUUAAGGUGACUGGAAUUUUAAUACUUAUGACCCUAAUGGGCCUUUUUUGGGGGGAAGGGAGGUUUGCCUUCCAAAAGGUGAGGCAAUAGAAAUUUACAAUUUGAGCAUACAGUGUCCCUUGAUUUAUCUCUUAUCAUUUGGCAACUGGUAGUGAUAUUUAAUGCAAUCCAAAAACUAUAGGCUGGGUUGAAUAAAAGGUCAUUAUUGUCUAAAUUCCAAGUGGAAUUAAAUAUAAUCACAGAGACUCCUAAACAUUUUCCUUACGUUUAAAGGAAAUAAUUUUU